AGGGCCUCCCCCCUCGCCACGCCCACCUUCGGCGCGCCGCAACGUGGCGCUGGGACCACCCCCGACAAGACAGCCCAGGGGCCAGGAGUGCCGAAAAGCCCCCCGCUGUGGUCUGUCCACCGACGGCUGGAGGCCUGGGGCGGGCCACAGCACCACCCCCGCGCGGCCUCGGCGAUGGGGGCCCCCGGCCGACGUCGCGCGGGCGCGCGCGGGCUCCUGCUGCUUGCCCCCGCCGCGGCGCUGGCGGCGGUGUGGGCGGCCGCCGCCUUCGUGAAACCCGCCGCUGGACCGUCGGCCGCACGGCGGGGCCGCCCGUUCGAGGCGAUGCCGCCCGAAAGCGGCAUGGAGGACUUGAGCAAGAAGCCGAAGGCCUUGGAGACCCCUUUGUUCACGCUCUAUCAGGUGACGAACGAGGGCGAGGCGGCGGGCCUUUGGCUCGUGGUGCAAGUGACCGGGGCCCUGGCGUUGCUGAUCUUGCUCUUCGGGGCGCUGAAUUACAGGCCCGCGGUGGUGGACGUCGACGUCGGCUGAGGGGCCGCGGGGCCCCGCGCCUCUCGUGGAGGCGGGGCCGGUCGCUCGCGGCGCGUCGUCGUCGUCGUCGUCGUCGUCGACGUCGUCGUCGUCGUCGUCGUCGUCCGUCGUCGUCCGUCGUCGUCGUCGUCGUCGUCGUCGUCGUCGUCGUCGUCGUCGCUGGCUGUCCUUGCGCCUGGCCCGCUCUCGCGCGAGUGAUGCUUCAGAAAAGGAAAACCACGCAUCACACACAA